GAUUUUGCUAUCAAUUUUCAGGUGCAAUGGCUUAUCGAGAAUUAUGAGACCGCAGAGGGUGUAUCCCUCCCGCGCUCGACACUGUACUCGCAUUAUCAGCAGCACUGCCAACAGCACAACAUAGAGCCCGUGAACGCGGCCUCUUUCGGCAAAUUGAUUCGUUCCGUAUUUAUUGGUCUCCGGACGCGAAGACUCGGCACAAGAGGCAAUUCCAAAUACCAUUAUUACGGCAUUCGUGUCAAACCCGGCUCGUCGUUGGCCCGACUCAACGACAUCGGCACCGGCGCCGGAAUCAUCAGCGGCUCCGAGUCGUCCACACAUGUGUAUUUGCAGGCAAUUCCAAAUACCAUUAUUACGGCAUUCGUGUCAAACCCGGCUCGUCGUUGGCCCGACUCAACGACAUCGGCACCGGCGCCGGAAUCAUCAGCGGCUCCGAGUCGUCCACACCGCCCACCAAAAGAGCCAAAACCGGUAACUCCAUUGGUUCUGGAGGUUAGUGUCGAGCGUUCCUCCAAACCGGUGGUCAGCGCGUCGGCCGAUAAUAGUCAUCAAACACCAGUCAAUUCGGCCGCACCUGAAGUCUUGCUUUCCUAUCUCGGCGAUUCAGCGCUUAUACUGCCAACCGUUUGGCCCGAAGUGCCGGACAAUCUGAAUGUCAACGAAACGCAGAAACUAUUUUCCAAAUUCACGUCAUUAUAUCGAUCGCAUUACGACGAGAUUGUCACCGCUUUGGGUAAUCUUCAGUUCAAUUCCGUGGAACUCAUUUGGCAGCAGUUCUGGCAGAGACCAGACAAUUGUGACAAUAAAGAUGAUGUGAUGACGAUAUCACAGCUCCAGGCGCUGACCACGUCGUCGGCCGACGAGUCCAGUGAGAGCACAAUCCCAGCGAUCGCCGAUUGGAUCAUUCAAACCGAUUACACGAUGUAUAACGCGAUCAUAUCGUCUCUAUUACUUCCAAACCUCUUGAGACCGAUUCCCCAGAACUUGACGCAACAAAUCAGGAAUUUUGCCAAAAAUAUCAAUCAAUGGAUGACUAACGCGUUGGUUGGAUACGACGACGAGUUUGUUGUGUUGAAAGUGGCGGCUGUCGGCGCCUUCAGUCAUACGCUACGCAGGUAUACAUCGCUGAAUCACUUGUCAUCCGCUGCCAGAGCUGUCCUUCAAAAUCAGCAACAAAUCCAACAAAUGAUUAACGACUUAAAUCGGGUCGACUUCAAGAACGUUCAGGAACAGGCGAGUUGGGUCUGUCAGUGCGACGAUGAGGUGGUCGAGCAGAUUGAGCAGAGUUUUAAACUUUUACUGCAAGAGAGCAAUCCGUUUGACAAGUGGGGCGUCUGGUGCGAGCAGAUCCUCGAGCUCUGUCUCACCGAUGAUGACGUCCGGUCGGCCACACAGUUCUUCUUCAAGUGGGGUUUUUAUAGUUCACUAGUGAUGAGAGACCUGACCCUCCGGUCGGCCUCUUCUUUCGGGUCGUUUCACUUGAUUCGUCUCCUUUACGACGAAUACAUAUUCUAUUUGAUUGAACACCGAGUGGCCAAAGCCACCGGAAAAACGCCUUUACAAGUGCUCGGAGAGGCGCGUUCAAUGAGGACCAGGAGUUUGGUGGACGUGAACACUGAACACAACUGAGUGAUUGAAUGCAAUGCCAUUAAGUAUUAGUACAUUAUAUGAGACAAGAAUUGAAUCAAAAACAACCACUUUUUGAGACAAUGAUUUUGUUGACUUAUCCGCCGCUGAACUGGGAUUUAGUUUGAUUUUGCAAAUUAAAUAUCAGUUUAAUUGAUGUGAGAAUACAUUUACAAAACAUACAAAAGUCAAUCGAUUCGUCUAUUCUUACGCUAUUUUUCUAAUGCUAUUGAAUGCGAGAACCCAUUGAAAACAUUGAGAAUUUUAUUUAUUUUUCAUUUGAUUAGCCGAUCGGUUAUAACGCGAACAGAGAUUUUAGUGAAAAUACGAAAAGAUUAACAAAUUUAUUGAAUAUUAUAUUGUAUUGUCUGACAGUUUAUAUAAAUAUUUAAUGAACAUAUCAUUCAUUGUUCACACCGUAUGUAUAAAACAAAAGCCGAAAUGUAUUUUCACUUUCAAAAUAUGUUGUAAAAGCCUAUAUUUGGACUAAAAAUUGACACUAAUUUUUGAGAUAAAUGCAGACAAUUUGAUUGUGAAAAUAUUACUAUU